AUGCCGGUAGCACACCGCGGGUCCUGCCCUCGGCGCCAGCGGGUGCCGGUGAAGUGUGAGGAGACGACUCUCCAGUUGGGCCCGGAGCGGUGGAAGGAGGGGCCUGUCCCGGAGGACGCCAUGCGGGAGAACUUCGGUUCCACAAUUGCUCUUGGGUCCCCCGCUGCCAAACCUGAGGUUAUCGCCCAGGCUGAGGAAGGCAGCCCGGCUCCCGUCAAGGCUAAGGGGGGAGCAGAGACCAGGGACCCCCCAGGAGACAACCAUGCAGGAACUCGACCUCUGGAAACUGAGGGCCCUGUGAGGAGCGAGCAGCAGCCACCCGGGGAACCGCUGAGAGUGCCCGGAGAUGCCAAAGGCCCUGAGAGAAGUUGCCCAGGUGAGUGGCUGAUCCGGACGGUGAAGGUGGAAGCCGAAGACUACUCGGAGUGGCCGGCUGGGCUGAGCGCAGAGGUGCUGUUCUCGGGGCUGCCUGUCGGGGGCGUCUGCAAGUCGGAGGGCCUGCAUGUGGGGGAAGGGUACGGUGCCCACGGGGGCCUGGGCGAGCUCUCCGGCCUGGCGCUGCAGCAGUGGCAGAUGCUGAACGAGGAGAAGCCACUGGGCUGCCCCCGGUGCGAGCACCCCGGAGCCCCGCAGGAGGGUGGGCAGGGAGACCCUCGGCCGCGCCCCUUUGCUUGCUCCCAGUGCGGCAAGGCCUUUGGGAAGAAGGCCCACCUGACCCGGCACGCCCGGGUGCACACCGGAGAGCGCCCCUUUGCCUGCACCCACUGCGGCCGCCGCUUCUCCCAGAAGAUCCACCUGGGCUCUCACGAGCGUGUGCACACGGGGGAGCGGCCCUUCCCCUGCGACCGCUGCCCCAAGACCUUCCGCAAGAAGACCCACCUGGUGCGCCACCAGCUGACCCACACCGGGGAGCGCCCCCACGCCUGCCCCCUUUGCUCCCGGAGCUUUGUCCAUCGCCGCCACCUCUUGCGGCACCAGCAGCUCCACGAGGAAGGGAACGCAGCCUACAGGGACCACGCAGAGCCGGGGCAGGGGUCGGUCCCCUACAGCCACAACCUCCAGCCUGGCCAGGACGCAGAACCCCACAGGGAGCAAGCAGGACCUGGGCAGACCACGGCCCCUUUCGCGGAACCAGGACAGACCGCCACUCCCUGCAGGGACCAGAGGGAACUGGGACAGGUGGCCCCACCGUACAGGGAGGAGACUGACCCGGGGCAGGUUCUCGCCGCCUGCAUGGGACCGACGGAACCGUUUCUGGGUCCGCCCCUUUUUAAGGUUCUAGCUGAGCCAGAACUGGGCCGAGUCCCUUGCAUGGACCUUCCCCGGCAGAGAGAGACCCUGGCUCCCGGCAUCGCCUGCCCUGAGCAGGGGCCCCUCGGCAUGCUGUGCGGGGCGCAGGGGGAAGCCGGGGGCAGCGCACUCUGCAGGGAACAGGUGAGCAAGACGGAACCGGAGGAGGAGGAGGCUGGCUCCUGCUCGCUGCCCGAAGAGAAGCCCUUUCUGUGCUCUGACUGCGGGAAGGCCUUUGCCUGGAGGAAGAAUUUGGCUUCCCACCAGCGGCUCCUGCGGAGGGCUGGCGCCCUUUUUCUUGCGCCGAGUGCGGGAGGGGCUUCAGCGAUAAGCGCCACCUGA